AUGCGGAGUGCUUUAUCAACCCAAUACCGUAAAGAGUUCAAUAUUCCAGCAAAAGAUGACUUGGGGGCACUGGGUAACAGAAUCAACGCUGAGACGAAACAAGUCCAUGACCAGAUCGACACAUUUGUGACAAUGAAGUUCGCUAUUGCGUUGAGGAACCAAAGGGUCUACAGACAGGGGCUGCAGGCCUUUUAUCAUAUCUUCCGCCAUAUUGAGAUAGCUCUUGAGCGUGAGAUGGAAAAAGACCAUAAAUAUUCUCAGAUCAUCAAGGAUAUAUACAAACCUGUUCUAUGCAGAACAGAGCCUCUCCGCAAAGAUUUGAUGUACUUCUAUGAAGGACAGCCACAGAAGUUUGAAAACCCGAUCCUGCCCCUGCAAAUUGAAUACGCGCAAUACAUUCUUGAAAGCACCAAAGAAAAACCUUAUCUUCUUUUAGCGUACAUGCACGUGAUGUAUUUGGCAUUGUUUGCAGGUGUCAAAAUUCUGAACUCGCAAGUUAUGAAGUCUCUCAGGUUGUUUCCAAAAGUCAAAGGCAAAUCUCGUGAUGAUGCUUUGAAAGAAGGUACAAAUUUUUUUACAAUUGAUGUUCCUGAUACUGAGGAACUGAGGGCUGUGUACAAAAGAGAUUAUGAAUUGCAAACAAGAAACAACUUGUCGGAAGAUAUCAAAAGGGAAAUCAUCGAGGAGUCAAAGUACAUUUUUGAAAUGACAGGAAGAAUUGUGAAAGAAAUUGAAGCACACAACAUGGCGAAGCUUCAAUCAAGUGUGACCUAUCAAAUGCGGAACAGUGCCCACUACGUAAUAACUGCUAUCUUGAUGCUUUCGGUUUGUUAUUUCGCUAAGAAUAUGAUCGCUCACAUCCUUCUUAAAUAA